CAUGCGCUCUUUGAAUAUGUGCAUGUACGAUAUCUGUCAAAUUUUUAUCUUUAAUAAAUUAAUUAUCUCUAUCCAAAAUUCAAAUUAAAAAAGUUACAAUUCCAAAUGCUAAAACAUUUGUAUUUCUCCCAAAGGGUAUCCACUUAUAUGACUAGAUAAAAUUCAAUAGGUAUUUGUAAAGUAAAUGUUAGUCCUAAACAUUUGUUUACAAUCUUUUAAAUUGAAAUGGGUAGUAUCUGAAAACUUAAUUAACUACAAAAUGCUGAUGAUUUUGAUGAGGAGAUAUAAAAGUAUGAUAUUAGCUAGUAUCUUCUUCUUCUAUAUCGGAUGUGGUUUAACGUUAAGUUUCCUUCGUCUUGAAUGUGUUGAUGCCGUAUCAUCAGUAAACAAGGUGACCAAACCAUACAGUAAAUCAGAGUAUGUUGUGCUUAUUGUCAGCGGUCCUGACAAUGAAGAAAAACGUGAUGUAAUCAGAGCUACCUGGGCAAAAUUAGCAACAAACAUAUUCAUUGAAAAUGGGGAAAAGUUGUUUAAAUGGAACCAUACUUGGAUUGGUCAAACUGUACAGCAAGAUCUUAUCAAGUUUUAUUUUGCUAUAGGAACAAAAGGGUUGAGUCGAAACAAAUUGGAUAAAUUAAGAAAUGAGAAUAGUAGAACUCAUGAUUUACUUAUUUUGGAUCAGCUUGAAGAUAGCUAUAGAAAUUUAGCUUUAAAAAUGCUUCAUGCAUUGAGUUGGAUUGACAAAAAUGUGGAAGGGUUAAAAUAUUUGUUAAAAUGUGAUGAUGAUUCAUUUGUAAGGAUUGACCUCAUUGUUAAAGAUUUAGAGGCUUUUGCACCAGAUAUGAGUGAUAGAAAAUUAAGUAAUUAUGUUAGUUAUAAAGAUAAGCUUCCUUCAUAUAAAGGACUGUAUUGGGGAUAUUUUGAUGGCAGAGCAAAAGUUUAUUUGAAUGGCAAAUGGCAGGAACGUGAUUGGUUUCUUUGUGAUCACUAUUUACCAUAUGCCCUUGGUGGAGGAUAUGUAAUAUCACAGAGUAUUGUAAAUUAUAUAGCAAGGAAUGUUGAUGACUUGAGCCAUUAUAUAUCUGAAGAUGUAUCAAUGGGAGUUUGGACAGCGGCUCUGAAGGGUAUUAACAGAGUACACGACAUUAGAUUUGAUACUCAGUGGCAGUCACGUGGUUGUGACGAGCACAUGUUAGUUAGACAUAAUCAGACACUGAGCGAUAUGUUUCUCAUGUACAAAUCGUUAGUACAUUCCCAUGGUGAAAAACUUUGUAAUAAUGAGUUACCACAAAGAAUGUUGUAUCGGUAUAAAUGGAAUGUGCUGCCUAGUAUGUGUUGUAAACAAUAUACAUAAAAAAAUUCUACAGAAAUUUUAUGAUGAGACUCAUGAACUGAAAUUUAAUCCAACCUAUUUAAUAAACUAGUCAAUAGUUAUAUUGUGAAAAUUAUUAUUAGGCCUAUAAUGUGUGCAGGUGUGAAUUUGAAUAGAUGGCGCAAAUAUAUAUA